AUGAAGGGGAUUGCUCUUCUUUCGCUUUUUGGAGCUGCACUGGCUCAUCCGGCGGGCCUUUGGUGGGGUACGGAUGUCUGCUACACCAGCCCAGACAAUACCGACAAUCAGUGCUCGGAUGUUCAGCAGAAAGGCUUUGACUUGUCUGAGCUGGGAAACGGUGACAAUUGGAGCUUUGACGGCUUCCAUUUUGUUGGCCUCGAGCCCAAGAAUGGGUGUCAAGGAUCUAGUUACGGGGGCACUUGUCUUGGUGGAAAACUCUCUAGUGACGAUGACUGGACAAUCAAGAUUUCCGCCACUGACGCUCCAUUCUCAAUCCGAAACUUCCAUCUUUCAACUUCCCGGAGCACCGAUGUUUUCAUCAUCUACGAGAUGCCGGAUGGUUCUUCCUGUCAUCAUGUCGCUUCCAGUUCGUACAGGGGAACUGAUGUCGGCAACGACCAGUGUGGCGGUGCUGUAUCAGUCGAGUUCACUCUUCCCCAAGAGAACAAGUUCGGUGAUUGUGAUAUUGAGAUCCAUUCGAUCGACUUUGACUGCUCUACUGGAUCUAAGCCACCAGGUCCCGUCAUUGACCCCCCUCACUCUCACUCUCACCCUGUGCCUACCCCGAGCUCGAGUGUUUCCCCUCCUCCUUUCCAUCUGCCCUCUACUACGCUGGAAGUUCCUACAAUUCGCCACUCUUCUCAGACUUCCCAGAGGAUGACGACUUCCACAAUCUGGACCACCGAGGAGAUUACUGUCACCAAAUGCCCACCCACUGUCACUAACUGCCCUGGUCAUUCGACUGUUUUGGUCACCUCUACAUACCCAUUGUCGACCACAGUCUGCCCGUAUACGCCCGUGGAAACGAAAACUAGUGCAACCUCUCCUCAUGUUGUGCAUUCGGAUCCCCCGAGCUCGACUAGCCACUCUUCCUGGCAUAUGACUACUUCCACAAUCUGGACUACCGAGGAGAUCACCGUCACUAAAUGUGCACCAACUGUCACUAACUGCCCUGGUCAUUCCACUGUUUUGGUUACCUCUACAUACCCAUUGUCAACGACUGUCUGCCCGUCUAAGCCCACGGAAACCGAUCCUAGCACAACCUCCCCUCGUGCUGUACACUCGCACACCCCGAUCACGAGCUCUGUUACUACAGCCACUGAGCCCAGCCCGCCCGUUGUUACCGCUCCCUGCCCUAACGUGGUACCCAAGUGUCUCAACACAUGGCUCACUAUUCCGAAGUGCAACUCCAACAGCGAUGCCGCAUGCUUCUGCCCAUCUACUGAAUUCACAGACAAAGUUAGCGGAUGCAUUCGGGCCUGGAGCAGCUCCAAGAAGGAGGAAGAUUCCGCCCUUGCCUUCUUCGCUGGCAUUUGUGCCCCCUUCGUUCCGGAGAACCCUGCUAUUGUAGACAUUGCUACAACUUGCACUUCUUCUGACCCCAUUCCUAAGACCACUGCUGGUCCUAAGGUCACUCCCAGCACACGUACCGUUGUUGUGACUGCUGGUGUGCCUACAUCCACCCCCAAGGCUCCUUGUACCACCAUCAGCUGGGCUUCACACACGGCAACUGUUCCCCUUGUUGGGUUCAGCACGGUCACUUGUUCUUCCACAACCUCUGUGAAUCUGGUGGUUGUUACUACGCCUAGUCCUACUUCUAAGACUGGCCAUUUUGUGCACGCGUCGUCCUCGACGUUGACAACUAGUUGCAAAACCCACUCUAUCCCCCUUGUUACGCCAACUGCCCCUAAGCCCACUAUUUCCAAGCCCACAGGAUCUAAGCCAACUGAAACUGUUGUCCUUGGCAAUGGUGGGUCGAAACUGCCCAUGUGCAGUUUCUGGACUUUUGGCAUCGCCCUUUUGGCGCUCCUUUUUUAA